AUGGAAAAUAGCAGCUCCACCAGUGGAUUCCUCCUCCUGGCAUUCACAGACAGGCAGGAGCUGCUGCUCUUGAUCUUCUGGCUCUUCCUGGGCAUCUCCCUGGCUGCCCUCCUGGGCAACGGCCUCAUCAUCACCACCAUAGCCUGUGAUCAGCACCUGCACAGCCCCAUGUACUUCUUCCUGCUGCACCUCUCCCUCACAGACCUGGGCUCCAUCUGCACCACUGUGCCCAAAGCCAUGCACAACUCCCUCUGGGGCACCACAACCAUCUCCUACACAGGAUGUGCCGGACAAGUUUUUACCUUUUUUUGGUUUGCAUGUGCAGAGUAUUGUCUCCUCACCAUCAUGUGCUACGACCGCUACGUUGCCAUCUGCAAACCCCUGCACUACGGGACCCUCCUGGGCAGCAGAGCUUGUGCCCACAUGGCAGCAGCUGCCUGGGCCACUGGGUUUCUCAAUGCUCUGCUGCACACAGCCAAUACAUUUUCCCUGCCCCUGUGCCAGGGCAAUGCCCUGGGCCAGUUCUUCUGUGAAGUUCCCCAGAUCCUCAAGCUCAUCUGCUCAGACUCAGACUAUCUUAGGGAAUUUGGGCUUAUUUCUUUCAGUCUUUCCUUAUCAUUUGGUUGUUUCAUUUUCAUAGUUUUCUCCUAUGUGCAGAUCUUCAGGGCUGUGCUGAGGAUCCCCUCUCAGCAGGGACGGCACAAAGCCUUUUCCACGUGCCUCCCUCACCUGGCCGUGGUCUCCCUGUUUAUCAGCACUCUCAUGUUUGCCUACCUGAAGCCCCCCUCCAUCUCCUCCCCAUCCCUGGACCUGGUGGUAGCAGUUCUGUACUCGGUGGUGCCUCCAGCCCUGAACCCCCUCAUCUACAGCCUGAGGAACCAGGAGCUCAAGGAGGCCAUCAGGAAACUGAUUUCACGGACAUUUUCCAAUAGCUGUAAAAUUCUCACCUCUUUUACCACAGGCCCUUACACCAAAAAACAGGAAAUGUCCAACAGCAGCUCCACCAGCGGAUUCCUCCUCCUGGCAUUUGCAGACACACGGGAGCUACAGCUCUUGAUCUUCUGGCUCUUCCUGGGCAUCUCCCUGGCUGCCCUCCUGGGCAACAGCCUCAUCAUCACCACCAUAGCCUCUGACCAGCACCUGCACAGCCCCAGGGACUUCUUCCUGCUGCACCUCUCCCUCACAGACCUGGGCUCCAUCUGCACCACUGUGCCCAAAGCCAUGCACAACUCCCUCUGGGGCACCACAACCAUCUCCUACACGGGAUGUGUUUCCCAGGUCUUUUUGCUGUUCUUCUUCCUUGGAGCAGAGUUUGCCCUUCUCUCUGUCAUGUGCUACGACCGCUACGUUGCCAUCUGCAAACCCCUGCACUACGGGACCCUCCUGGGCAGCAGAGCUUGUGCCCACAUGGCAGCAGCUGCCUGGGCCAGUGGAUUUCUCUAUGCUUUGCUGCACACAGCCAAUACAUUUUCCCUGCCCCUGUGCCAGGGCAAUGCCCUCCAGCAGUUCUUCUGUGAGGUUCCUCAGAUUGUCAAGCUCUCCUGUUCACACUCCUACUUCAGGGAAAUUGGUCUUCUUGGGGUUACUACCUGUUUAGGGUUUGGAUGUUUCAUUCUCAUUGUUUUCUCCUAUGUGCAGAUCUUCAGGGCUGUGCUGAGGAUCCCCUCUCAGCAGGGACGGCACAAAGCCUUUUCCACGUGCCUCCCUCACCUGGCUGUGGUCUCUAUCUUUGUCAGCACUGGCACAUUUGCCUACCUGAAGCCCCCCUCCAUCUCCUCCCCAUCCCUGGAUCUCAUGGUAUCAGUUCUGUACUCGGUGGUGCCUCCAGCCCUGAACCCCCUCAUCUACAGCCUGAGGAACAAGGAGUUCAAGGAUGCCCUGGGGAAACUGAUGACUGGGUGCCUGAUAUCCAGCCUAAAUUUCCCCUCUUUCAACAAAUGGUGA